AUGAACCAUGUGGUUAACAAAGGGCAAAGGCGUCCGUGGCGAUGGCGAUGGUUUUCGUCGCAAUCGCAUGGCAUCGUUCUUGACAAGGAGGAGGAGCCGCCGCUCGAUCCAACGAAGAUUUGCAGGGAUGACGAGCGAUCGCCAGCGGUGGACGCCUUCGCGGCUGCUCUGCGAGAAUGCCGCGAGCGCGGAUCCCUGGGCGAGGGUAAGCGCAUCCACGCACAGAUCGUCUCCAGCGGCCUCGAGCGUCACAGGUUCCUCGCGAAUCUCGUCAUGGAAAUGUAUGGAAAGUGCGGCCGCGCGGCGGACUCGUUGGAAGUCUUCCACAAGAUGGAAGAUCGCAAUGUUUUCUCGUGGAACAUUGCGAUUGCGGCAUUUGCCCACAACGGGCAAAUGCGAGAAGCCCUGACGCUCUUCCGGCAAAUGCUGCUCGACGGCGAGCAUCCCAAUUGCGUCACGUUUAUGGGAGCUAUCAAUGCCGAUCCGGCCAAGGUCCAUGCACUAGUCGUCGCUGCUGGCCUGGAUCGCUCCACUUCCAUCGCCACAGCGCUGCUCAACGCUUACGGCAAGCUGGGGAUGCUAGAUCAUGCCACGCUCGUCUUCCAGGGGAUCGAAUUCAAGGAUGCCAUCACCUGGAAUGCACUGGUAUCCGCGUGCGCUCACAACCAUCGUGGAUCCCAGGCGCUGGAGCUCUUUCGCUCGAUGCUUCUCGAAGGUAUCAAGCCCAACCACAUCACCUUUCUCAGCAUUGUCGCCGCGUCUAGCUCGAUCAUGGAUGAUCGUAGCUCGACUGCUCGCGAGGAUCUUAUGCACUCGCUCGUCGUGGAAGCCGGCUAUGGCGACCAUCUCUCCAUCGCCAAUUGCCUCGUGGAUUGCUACUCCAAGCGAGGAUCAUUGGACACCGCCAGAGCGCUCUUUGAUUCCAUGAAGCGGAAAGACGUGGUGAGCUGGAACACGAUGAUCUCGGCUUAUUCUCGAUCACAGGAUGGAGACCAAGAAGCUCUCGAUCUCUUCCAGAGAAUGCUGGACGAUCCCAGCGGCCCCGAGCCGGAUCGACUGACGUUCUUGAGCGUUGUGGAUGCAUGCAACUCGCUGGAGCAGGGCAGGACGAUCCAUGCUCUCGCGAUGGAGAAGAAGAUCGCUAGCGAGGACGUGGUGCUCCAGACGGCGCUGCUCAACAUGUAUGCUCGCUGCCAUAGCCUCGAGGAUGCAAGGAAAGUUUUCGCCGGGAUGUGCCGCAAGGACGCGAUUUGCUGGAACUCGCUCCUCGCGGCCUACGCUCAGAGUGGAUCCGGCAAGGAAGCGCUGCAAAUCUUCCGCGAGAUGGAUCUCGAGGGAUGCAAGUCGAGUAGAGUCUCUCUCAUGCUCGCGCUGGAAGCUUGCUCCAACGACGGUGGCGAUGCCAUCAAACAAGGAAGAGCUCUCCACGAGAGGAUCGUCGCCAGUGGCUAUGGCGGCGACGUGGUCGCGUGCUCGGCGCUGGUGACCAUGUAUGGAAAAUGCAAGUGUGUGGAUCGAGCGAAGGCGGUCUUUCAGUCCAUGCCCGAGAGAAACGUUGUGACAUGGACGGCGCUCAUCGGUGCUCUCGUGGACAACGAUCGCGACAAGGAAGCCAUGGAGCUCUUCCGGACGAUGGACCACUCUGGAGUGAAGCCAAACGAUGUCACAUUCGUGAGCACGAUCGAUGCUUGCGCAAACUCCAUGGAUCUCGCUUCCGGGAUCGUUUUCCACAGGCGAGCAGCCGAGGUUGGCAUGGAUUCGAACGUGGUCGUCGCGAACAGCCUCAUCAAGAUGUAUGGAAAGUGUAAGAGACUCGAGGAAGCUAUGUCCGUUUUUAACCGAAUUCUGGGAAUCCGGGACUUGGUAUCGUGGAACGCUUUGAUCUCGGCCUUUGCGCAAAAUGGCGAUGGAAGACGAGCGCUAGAGACUUACUGGGCGAUGAUCCGGGAGGGAGUUCGCCCCGACAGGAUCACUUUCAUCAGCGUCUUAGAUGCGUGCGCGACGCUGGGAUCAAUCGCCGAGGGCCGAGAGAUCCAUCGCCAAGCAAGCGAGGGCGGAUUCGAGAGCGUGGACGCGGUGCUUGGAACGCUCGUAAACAUGUAUGGGCGGUGUGGUAACGCCAUGGAAGCCGAGCUCGCGUUUGGCAAGCUCCAGCAAAGGGAUGCGAUUGCAUGGAACGCGGUGGCAGCGGCGAUCACUCAAACCGGCGACCAGAGACGAGCGCUCGGGAUUCUCCGGGGCAUGGAUAACGAAGGUGUCAAGCCGGACAACGUUACGUUCAUCACACUUCUCGACACUUGCGCGGAUUGCAACGCUCUGGUCGAGGGAAAGAUCUUCCACGCCCGAGCGAUGGAGCUGGGAUUCGGCUUCGAUAUCAUCUUGGGCAAUGCGCUGCUCAACAUGUAUGGAAAGUGUGGGAGCUUGCGCGAAGCAAACCGUGUCUUUGCAGCCAUGCCCGUGAGGAACUCCGUGUCUUGGAACACGUUGAUCGUCGCAUAUGCCCAGAAUGGGCAUGUCAAGCUAGCGAUUGGAUUGUUCCGGGAUAUGGACUUGGAGGGUAUAGUUCCCAACCAGGUAUCUUUUCUCAGCAUCUUUUUUGCUUGCAGCCAUGCUGGGAUGCUUGAGGAAGGCUCCAAGUACUUCCAGUACAUGGUGGCGGAUCAUGGGCUGGUUCCCACACCGGAGCAUUACGGGUGUUUUGUAGAUCUUCUUGGGCGGACUGGUCGCUUGGCUGAUGCCGAGGAGCUUGUCACUGGCAUGGCCGAAGAUGCCAGAAGUUUGGACUGGUUGAUCCUUCUUGGAUCCUCGACGUUGCAAGAGAAUGUCGAGCAGGCAAAGAGGGCAGUCCAACACGCAGUGAAGCUUGGUUCCAAGCAAUACUGGAACUUUUGACCACGUAGAGUUCCCGACAACUUCUCUCGUUAACGGUUGAGUCACCUGAAUUGAUACUCCUGGAGCUUGUAUAUAAGAGAACGUGGACUCGAUCAAGUGGAGAUGGUUCUUCAACUCUCUGCUCCAAGUGCAUGGCACCAUUUUUGUUCUUUCAUGGUAUACUUUUUUUACACGUUUUGUUGUACGCU